UACAACUAUUGCUAAAAACWGUACAAAAAUAUCGCAAAUGGCUAUUAUUGAUACCGUUUUUAGCCUACAAUAUUUAUCUAGCAUUUGCCAUAUAUAUUACAUGGAAUAAACAGACUAUAUGUAGCACCUGUACGGCCGGUGCCUAUUGCUAYGGGGUACGGCUGCUACUAGUAUUGACUAUUAUAGUCUAUAUAAUUGGCCUCUAUUUUACUAUACUUAAGAAACAUCUACUGAAACCACUAUACAAAAAAUUAGUURAUUUUUAUAUAACAAAAACUACWRCAACAACAACAMCACAAACACGUGGCACGUGUUGUUUUCUGAUACGACAACACGCCAGCAAACUAGUAUGGUUUGUGGCUAUAGCCGGUGCCCUGGGGUUUGUCAUAUGGGAUUCAUUAGGCGAACCAAUGAGACUGGCAUCCGGUGGCGGACUGUUGGCCUACAUAUUGAUUGGUUAUGUAUUUUCGAAACAUAGACGACAUGUCCAGUGGUCACAGGUAUUGCGUGGAUUUUAUCUACAGUUCCUGUUCGGUCUGCUAAUAAUCAGGUGGCAGUUUGGCCGACAACUGUUUCAAUGUUUGGGCGAUAAAACAAUAACUUUUCUCGACUUUACUGAUGCCGGUUCCGAGUUUGUAUUCGGCUAUCUGGUCACCGGUAGCCUACAGGGYAAYGUUACCUUCAAUAAUGGCACAACUGACCUACUAACUUCGACACUACCAGUGCAGGCAUCGUUGUUUGCAUUUAAAGUGAUGCCAGUGGUCAUAUUUAUUAGUUUUUUCGUAUCAAUACUCUACUACUAUGGCAUAAUGCAGGUUAUGAUAGUUAAGGCCGGUUGGCUAUUGCAAUGGACAAUAGGUGUAACCGCUUGCGAAUCCAUGUACGCUUGGGCUACGAUUUUUGUGGGAAUGAGUGAAGCUCCUAUAGUCAUCAGACCCUAUCUGCCGGUGCUAACAAAAUCCGAGUUUCAUACGAUAAUGACCUGCAGUUAUGCCACAAUUGCCGGCUCAGUGAUGGCUGCCUAUAUAAACUUUGGUAUUAGUGCCAAAUAUUUGUUAUCGGCCAGUCUAAUGUCGGCACCGGCAGGUCUGGCCUUUUCCAAGCUUAUCUAUCCGGAGACCGAASAAAGCAGGACUACUACWACUACUGACGGCAAUACCAUUACUAUUGAAAAUAGCACUGAGAGUAGUCCACUGGAAGCGGGAUCUAACGGCGCCUCAUUGGGUGUAAAACUAAUAGCCUUUAUAUUAGCCAAUUUGAUAGCUAUAUUAGCAUUCAUACGAUUUCUCGAUACUAUUAUCUCAUGGUUUGGUUCACUGGUUGACUAUCCRGAGCUUAGUUUUAAAUUUAUUUUAUCAAAAUUAUUUAUACCAUUGGCAUUGAUGAUGGGYAUUGAAUGGCACGAAUGCGAUAGAGUGGCCAAACUAAUCGGUUUGAAAACCGUAAUCAACGAAUUUGUUGCCUAUCAGGAGCUGUCAGUAAUGAUCAAAACGGGUGACAUAUCAAAAAGAGCCCAAACAGUGGCCACCUAUGCAUUGUGUGGUUUCUCUAAUUUCGGAUCAAUCGGCAUAAUGUUGGCCACAYUGACGGCACUGGCACCGGACCGUAAGUCCGAUUUGGCWCCACUGGCGCUCAGGGCUAUGAUUGCCGGCUCUAUUGUUUGCUUUAUGAAUGCCUGUAUUGCCGGCCUAUUGACAUCUAGUAUUUAAUAAUAUA